CAGAUUCUAACUGUGAAAAAGACAAUGCGUUUCUUAAUAAUUGCAACUCUAUUCGCCCUUGUGGCUUUGGCCGUUGGCCAGCGUUACUUAGAGGAGCAUGAUGGUGCUGCAGGAGGCGGUGGUGGGGGAGGAGGUCGCCCAGGUGGUCGUGGUGGCGGAGCAGGAGGUGGUUUUGAUGGCAACAACCGUGGUGGUGGCGGAUUCGGCGGUGGUGAAAAUGGCGGUGGUGGUGCCGGUUUCGGCGGUGGUCUCGGACCUCAUAUACAUCACAUCCGCUCCACAACAACAACAUCACAGCCGCUCCACAACAACGCAGAGACCCACCGAGAACCCCACGGAGGAGACUGAUCCCACUGGAGGACCCAACUAGGACUCUUUUACAGUGUCAGAGCAUUUUUUAGUUGAAAUAAAAGCAAAAUGUUGUUUAUACAAAAA